AUGUCUUCUUUUACAUUUGAAGAAAUUUGUGAAGACAAACCGGCUCCUGAAUCAGAGAUUGGUAGUUGUGGAUCAAGUGAAAUAUCUAUCAAAUCAACAACAUCCUCCAUCAAAAAUCCUUUCUUUGAAAAUAUACCAAUAAAUAUUAAGGAGGAUUCUUUUCAGAUUGAUGAACAAUUAUCAUUAGAUAGAGCUGAAUCACCAACAACAAUUCAAAAAAAUUUGUGCCUUAAUGCUACAUCAAAUCUUCAUGAUCCCCAUCCAUCAUCUGAUGAGGAGGAGGAAGAAAAUAGUCAGAGUGGUAGAAAAAUUUCUAUCAAAAAUUGUACCUCAAAUAAUCAGUUAUGUUUAUGUGCUACCCCUGAUAAUGGAAUAUGGAUUAAAGGAAUGAAUCCACAAAAUUUUAAUCUUAAUUAUCCUUUUCAUACUCAUAAUAUUUUGGAUGAUUAUAAAAUUUCUGAUGAGAUUAUUGGAAUAGGUGAAUCAGGAAAAGUAAUGGCAUGUUAUAGAAAGACAGAUGAUAAAAAAUUUGCUCUUAAAGUUUUAAGAGAAUCACCUAAAGCUAAAAGAGAAGUUGGUAUUCAUUACCUUGUACAUCAACAUGAAAAUAUUGUCUCAAUAAUUGACAUCUAUGAAAAUACCUUUCAUGAUGUUAAAUGUAUCUUAUUGGUGGUUGAAUUUAUGGAAGGUGGAGAUUUAUUAACUAAAUUUGAAAAUCAAGGAUCUGUACCGUAUACAGAGAAACAAGUUGGUGAGAUUGCCUAUCAAAUAGGAAAAGCAGUUAAAUAUCUACAUUCUUUAUCAAUAGCUCAUCGUGAUUUAAAACUUGAAAAUAUAUUAUGUAACUCAACAGGCUCUGACUGUAUCUACAAAUUAGCAGAUUUUGGUUUUGCUAAAUUACAAGAAAAAAAUAAGAUGCUUAAUUCACCUUGUUGUACUUUUUAUUAUGCUCCACCGGAAAUAUUGGCUAAAGAACAAUAUAAUUUCAUGUGUGAUAUGUGGAGUAUUGGUGUUGCCUUGUAUAUUUUAUUAUGUGGGUACCCUCCAUUUUAUUCUAUGAAGGGUCUUCCAAUAUCACCAGGAAUGAAAUCAAGAAUAGCUGCAGGAUGUUAUGCAUUCCCACCAGCUGAAUGGGAUUGUGUCUCAGAGUCAACUAAAAAUGUUAUUAGAAAUCUUCUUAAAACUGAUCCUGCUGUUAGAACAACAAUAGGUAACUUUAUGAAAACACCACUUGUUACAGGAGCUAUAUCUCCAUUAUUGGAGGAACCAUCUACUAAGAAAGAACCAAAAGUUAUUCAAGCAACAUCAGUCUCAUCAAAAGGUAUAAUUAAUAAAGAUAAUUAUGAAAUUUCAUUUAAAAAGUUUGAUCAAAUAACUGCUAAUAGGGAAAGAACUUUUGGAUCUGGAAAGUUAACUUCAAUUCAAGAAGAAGUUGGUAGAGCAUUAAGUAGUAUGAGAUUAGGUAAUGAUUCAUGUUAUAUUAAAACAUUAAAAAGUUCUCAAAAUGGUUUGUUAUCAAGAAGACAACAAUCAAUGAUGAUUGAAAGGAAAGUAGUUUAA